CGUCACCUCCGCAGGCUGCGCAACGAGACGCUUCUUUUUUAUUUAAUUUAAUUUUUUGUAUCGUGUGUAUUCCGUGCGUGGUGAUGUUGUUUUUAUUCAUUUGAAAGCGCAGUUGUUGUGUUUAUUCUUUGUUGUUGCACCCGGCCUGUGCAAUGUUGGGGGGGGGGGGGGGGGAGGUUUUAGGAGAGAGCGAGAGCGCGCGCGAGAGAGAGAGAGAAGCCCACUGCGCAGGCUAAUGGCAGCCGGGGCUUAUCGUAUAGCCGACGUCAACUUCCACCCGUGAACUUUGUCCCGGUGCGCAGUCAUGUCCCGCGCGCUGCUGCCGAGAGCCGCCCGCGGAGCGAUAUCACCGCUGCUGCGCGGAGGCACCGGCGUGCUGUCUGGACUUCGGCCGGCGGCCGCGCGGCGCUUCGUCAUCGACAUGUCCUACUCCGCGCACUUCAUGGAUUUCCAGGGCUCGUCCAUACCGAGCAGCAUGAGGAAGCUGGUCGUCACCAAGCUCAGCCCCGACUUCAGGGAGGCCGUGCGCGCGCAGACUGUCGCGGUCCCGACGCCCGGGGACGCGGAGCUGCUCGUCAGGAAUCGUUUCGUAGGAAUCAACGCCUCCGACAUUAACCACUCGGCGGGUCGCUACGAGGUCGUGGGCCUCGGCCUGAGCGCCAGCUCCCGCUACACCGUCGGCGACGCGGUGGCCUACUUCGGCGGCGGCGCGUUCGCCGAGUACACGGUGGUGUCGGCCGCGGAGAGCGUGCCGGUGCCCGCCGCCGAGCCCGAGUUCCUCGCCCUGCCGCUGAGCGGCGCCACGGCCUACAUCGCCCUGAAGCGCCUGGGCGACCUGGCCGAGGGCGAGACGGUGCUGGUGACGGCGGCAGCGGGCGGCACGGGCCAGUUCGCCGUGCAGUUCGCCAAGCGCGCCGGCUGCCACGUGAUCGGCACGUGUUCGUCCGACGAGAAGGUCGGCUUCCUCAAGUCCAUCGGCUGCGACCGGCCCAUCAACUACGCCGCGGAGGACCUGGCGCGGACGCUGAGGGCGGAGUACCCGCGCGGCGUGGACGUGGUCUACGAGUCGGUGGGCGGCGCCGUCCUGGAGGCGGCGGUGAACAGCCUGGCCCAGAAGGGCCGCCUGAUCGUCAUCGGCUUCAUCUCGGGGUACCGGACGGCGUCGGGGGUCCCGGCGUUCAGGGGCGCCACGCUGCCGGCCAAGCUGCUGCAGAAGUCGGCGAGCGUCCGCGGCUUCUUCCUGCCGCACUUCCUCGACGACUACAAGGAGGCGCUGGCGAGCAUGAUGCAGAUGUUGGCCCGCGGCCAGCUGGUGUGCCAGGUGGACCGCGGGGAUCUGGCGCCGGGGGGGCGGUUCGUGGGCCUGGACUCCGUCUACCGGGCCGUGGACUACAUGUACGCCGGGAAGAACCUGGGCAAGGUGGUGGUGGAGGUGUCGCCGACCCCCGUCGGCAAUAAGCUGUGAUCACGACCCGAAGACCACGAGAACCCAGAGGAUUGAAGGAGGGGAAAUAUAAAGAAUGUAGAUGAAUUCCUUUAUUUUUGUAUGAUUGUUUAAAUUCAUCGACACAAUGUUAUCACAAAUAAACAUAUUAAACAUA